GACUGCCCUAUAGCAGAUAUACUGCUACAGGGUGGAACCUAUGUGCAAAAUCACGUACAUAUACGUUAUUUUGCAUUUCCGGGUAGGGGGCCCGAGCCGCUGUUUGCAGCCGUGGAUGUCAAUCACCGGGUCCCAGACGGUAAUUACCCACCGGUGCUCGGUUAUUACCGAGCAUCUCCAACGGGGAGGAAAAUUGUUUUUGUUUAUAAACAAACAAUCUUACUCACUGUCAGCUCAAGCACACUGCUCAGGGUGGCUGUGCACAGUACAGCCAUCCCGAUCAGUAUGCUUACCGUGAAUAACACACCCCCUGCCCCUAGUAAAACACACACAGCACACAGUUAACCCUUUGAUCACCCCUCACAUUAACCCCUUCUUGCCC